AUGGCAUCCAUUUCCCUCCCCCCGCAGUCCCAGUCUGGGUUUCCGCCGCAUUUCGAUUCUUCAGCCCCAGCAAACGUCAAUUCCAGCCAUCGCAUGAGCAUGCCGGCUCCAUUGCCUAAUCCGCACUUUGUAUUUCCCGCUCGAGACCCUGAUAUGGUCGAUUCUCCAGCGGAGACGUUGGAGAGUCGAGCGCCACCCGCAUUGCCAGCAUUUUCAUUCAAUCCCGGUUCCAAUCAGACUUUACAACCUACACAGGCACAUAAUCCUCGAGCGGGUGGUCAUCGGAGGCGACAUAGGCCGCCUCCUGGAAGAGGUCCGGGUCGACGUGGUCAUGCACACCGUCGAUCAGCGGCAGUAUCUGGUGUCGAUAUUAACGCCAUCAACAAGGCGCUCGCGUCCAAUCUGACAGCGGGAAGUGCACCUUGCACUCCUGGUGACCGGCACUUCGACAAUGGCCAUGAAGACAUUUCUCGACCGCUGUCGUACUCCGCUGGCAGCCUGGGUCGUCCAACCCCUCCCUCAUCCCCUCAAUUCGCCCCUGUUCCGCCAGUGCCCCCUGUGCCUCCUAUCCCGGCUGCGAUUCACGUCCAGCCGGCCCCGAGCAAUGAUGAUGAAGAGAUCGGACGCCCCGUCUCGGCCAUUUCAGCGUCAUCUAACGAGAACUCCCCGAACCACCAAGCAGUCAGAUUUGAGCAGCCCGAGAAUCCCCCGCCUGUCCAGUUGCGACCGACACAGAAUCGCAGCUCCAAGCCGCGACCGAAAACUGCCGAUGCAUCCCUGGCUUUUGAUUUGAUACAAAGCCAAAAUGUACCGGAUGUACCCGCCGUCAAGCGCUCAAAAUCGACUGGGCACUCUCGAUCCCGCAAAAGCAUGUCGACUGGGAACCUGGAUGCCAUGCUCACCAAUAAUGGGACCGACGAUGCAAACUCGACGGAUACCUCUCGCCCUUCUUACUCUGAUGAUGGCUCGGAGUCAAGCGAUAGCGAACAUGAAGGAGAUGGAACCUCUCCUAAGAAACCGCGCAAAUCGAAGAAGGCGAAGAAGCGUGUUCGCUCAUGGGCAGGCGCUAUCUUGACUCGCGGUAAAAGCAAGAAACAUACAAAGACAGAGACCGAUGAAAAGAAGAGGCCACCUGCGUUAACGCCUCCUAUGCUGACGCGAACUAAUUCGGAGGUUGGCUCUGUCUUGGAUGUGGACUUCGAUAAUGACGAUGUAGUUGUUCUUCGGACGCCAACCAACCCCGAGGGUACAUUUGCAACCGCCGGGUCUGUCCGCGAAGAGCCACCAUCACCUACACCUGCUUCUGCUCCCAGUCUUGAAUCAUCAUGGAAACCGCGAAGCUUUUAUGAACAGACCGCACAGGAUGAUACGUUGAGCAGCCCGAUCAUUGACCUUGAUGCUGCCCUUGGUCCUUUCAAUACCCCCGAUAUGCGACAGAAUGCUGGCGCUCCCAGCCAGUUCUCUCUUGCAACCCAAAGAAUGUAUAGUGGUGGACGACGUGGAGAAUUUGUCGGUCCAGAGAUGCGAUAUCAUCGUCGCACUGAGAGUGCUCCUGUCAUGCAGCCAUUUGAUCGCAGCUCUCUGAGUCCGUUCCGCCUUGGGGGUGUGACCACAGAAGCGCCGGAUGUCUUUUACGAGGAGGAAGAGGAUGCAUUCCUGGCCGCGAGCCAGUCUCCCCGGGGCCGCAUGACCCCAAUCCAGAGUGGCAGAGCGACUCCCGCCCAAAGUGGUCAAGCGACACCGGCCGAGGUUGUUCGUGCACGUGCAGUGCCAGAAGAGGAUACCUUAUCCGUCGAGAGCGAUGACACAGCAAGCACCGUAGGUACUACGGGCACUGCGAAAACCGCGAAGACUGCGGAUACUAUGACCAGGGCACCCGAGGCAAGCUCUCCCAUGAGUUCCCCGGAGCAAGCUGGCCUGGGCAUCCGAGCGAAUGAUAAGGUCGCCGGUCAACCAGAAACUCCUUCGCUGGAACGACACCUGGCUGAUCCGAUGCAUGAGUCCGGGAAUCCGUUCAAUGGUCCGCGUCGGAGCCCUAUCGAGAUUCUGAAAUCCGAAGAGGGCCUUCCCAGACCACGAAUUCCUCCUAGUCCUGAGGUCUCUCCCGGGUUCCUUGCUGUUGACAAGCGGCCGGCCACAUCCCCUCACGAGCUGCCGCCCAGUAUCCCUCCCUUCUCCCUGUCUGCAGGGGUCUCACCCUCGGAUUCCUCCUUCCCAUCCCCAGAUGCACCACGUUCGUUCAAUGACCGUAACUUUUCGAGUCACUCGUAUCAUCAGCUCCCUUCGGAAUAUCCCUACGCUUCGGUUGAGGAUGUACCAUCUCUCAGCAGCAGCGCAUCGACCAUGACCAACACCAUGCACCGCUUCUCUUCCUCGUUCUUCCCUCGUGCUCGUCUUUCCACCGAUCGAGCUGCAUCUUUCUCAGCUGCUGUCCACCGGCGCUCCAGUCAAGCGAACUCUUCCAAGAGAUCUAGCUUGGCCAGUCUGUCGAAACUAGUCGGUGGUCCUAAUUCUGAACGCAGCAAACUUCACCAAGAAGAGAAGCCCCCUGGUGAUGUACCCGAUUAUUCCAAGAAGAAAGGUCGACGACUUAGUCGACUCAUGCACUUCUGGAAAAUCCGAGACAAGGAGAAGCACGACAAUGAGGCGGUGUCUUCCGAACGACCGAUCACUUCCCUAGUCAUCACCGAGACCUUGAGUAUAAACAGUCUAUACUCCGAGAGAAGCAAUGCCCCAGGCAAAAAGCGACCGCAAAAGGCCCACGCCCCCUACCAGCCUAGACUGCAAGGCCUCGAACCGAAAAACCAGCCCAAGCCAGCUGCACCACGCACCCGCCAACAAAAAAAGCAAUCGGAUCGCAAACCCGACCAUGAAAACCAUGCAAUCGACCUCUCCACUACAAUCCCGAUCUCCCUCCAGCAACUUCUGCUAGACGUCUUCAAAACCGCCCUGUUCACCCGGUCACCCGUAUCCAUCCAAUCUACAAAUUCCUCAGACCCCGCUGCAGAGCAAGACAAUGAGCAGCUAAAGCCCACUGAAGGAGCCCAAUUAGACACAAAGUCACUCGUUCAGACUAUCAAAACACAUCUGUACCAGCGUGAUUUCGACUCCGCUUUUACGGACGCGGAUGAUUCUCUUUUGCGCGUUUACGCGCUGCGAUGGAGUGCUGCACGCGCGCUUGGAUAUGCGGGUAUUCUCAAGGCUGUUCUUCGAUACAUGCGUGCUGAACAUGGCUUGAAUGCCAAUACGCGGGUGGUAUCUAUUGGCGGUGGUGCCGGGGCCGAGAUCGUUGCGCUUGGGGCUGUUUGGAGGGAUUUGCAUGAAGGUGUUGAGGGGCUAGGGGGACGUCUUGAGAGUGUUUCGUUGAAGAGUGGCGAUGAGACAGAUGUAUCGAAACCUGCAUCUCUUGAUGUUGUGGCUGUUGAUAUUGCCGAUUGGUCGAGUGUUAUUGACCUUCUCGAGAAAACGAUGGUUUCAUCUGACGUGCCUACUCCGAAAUCGUCGAAGCAUCAGCCGCCGUUGACGGGGUCUAAUGUCUCGGAAGGGGGCCUUUCUGUUUCGUUUUCUAGGACUGAUGUCCUUACUAUCUCGGAGUCUGAUCUGAAAGAUGUCGUUCAUGGGACCGCUCCAGCGACUACUCCGCCCUCUCUGCUGGUGACGCUCAUGUUCACGCUGAACGAGCUCUUUUCUACUUCCAUGGCGAAGACUACUGGUUGGCUUCUGCGGAUGACUGAGAUUCUUCCGCCCGGGGCGGUGUUGCUUGUUGUCGAUAGUCCGGGCAGUUACUCGACUUUGAAGUUGGGGAAGGAUGGGGUUGCGCAGGAGAGGAAUUAUCCUAUGAAGUUCUUGCUUGAUCACACGCUGCUUUCUGUUGCGGAGGGGAAAUGGGAACGGGUGCUUUCGCAGGAUUCGAGAUGGUGGAGGAGGGAUGCUACGAGGCUAAGAUAUGAGGUUGGUGAGGGGGCGGGUUUGGAGGAUAUGCGAUAUCAGGUGCAUUUGUACAAGCGAUUGGCUUAG